AUGAGUGUCAAAACGGUGGUCGGUCUAGCCACAGCCGGCUGCGCUUGCUUCAUCGUGAUGUCGCUCGUCGCCGUCUGCGUCAUUUUCAACGAUAUUAACAAUCUGUAUGACGAUGUUAUGGAUGAAAUGGGCGAGUUCAAGGCAGUAGUCGAUGACACAUGGGACAGGAUUUUAAUGCUGCACAUGAACCCGUCAGGCAGCAGCGAGGCACCACCCUCAUUUGCCAGUCUUUUCGGCAGGUACAAGAGACAGGCCGUCCCAUCACACUGCCAGUGUACCGCACCACGUGAUCAGUGCCCUGCAGGCCCGCAAGGACCUCCUGGUGACAAGGGAGAGCCAGGACCAAACGGUCCUGAUGGAGAAGAUGGCAGACCAGGUGUUUCUGGUGUUGCACUUCUUGCCACCCACGACAUUCCUGGCGGUUGCAUUGAGUGCCCGCCUGGACCUCCUGGACCACCUGGACCUGAUGGACCUGAGGGAGAUGCGGGACCAAUUGGUGCACCAGGACGCCCAGGAACACCUGGCAGACCCGGACCCCCUGGCCCAGCUGGAGAACCCGGAGAGCCCGGACCACCAGGCCCAGAAGGACGUCCCGGACAACCUGGACCCCCAGGCAAAGACGGCAAGAGAGGAAAGGGACCACAAGGACCCAAAGGACCCGCUGGACCACGUGGACCACCCGGCGAGCCCGGCAAAGAUGGAGAAAAAGGUGCCGACGGCGAACCUGGAGAACAAGGUCCCGCUGGACGACCUGGAAAGGACGGUCGACCCGGAAAAGAUGGUCGCCCAGGACCAGCUGGUGCCCCAGGAUUGCCUGGACCAGACGCACACUAUUGCCCGUGCCCACCCCGCAGUGCCGUCUUCCUUGUCAAAUCGCACUAA